CUUGCUGUUUAUGGUAUUGACUUACACAUCUAUGUUGUCAUCAUGAGUAGCCCAUCCGUCAUGACUGUAUCAACGACGUCACAGACAGAGACAGUAGAAAACAAACAGAAGAGAGAAAUCCAUUCUCUUCACCAAACAUUGUCCAAUUGAUCUCAUUCUAUUGCUCUACAACACAUCAAUUCUAAACACUCUAAUAUCACAUCUUAAAAGCACCAUCAAAAUGAAGGCAGUUUUCGGUGCUGGCCAACAAGGUUCCGCUGCAGUUCCUAUCAUUUCAGGCGUAGCAGCUCUCGGUGCAGGUGUCUACUAUCUAGGCAGAUCCAAGCCCGAAACCACACCUGAGCAAGAUCGCAAGGGUCGCGCGGAGGCCAAAAAGGCCGAAGGACUCAGCGGCGCCGGCAUUGGAGGAAAUGCCGUCACAGGCGGCCACGAGCUUAGCCACGCCAACUCGAACCGCAAAGAGGGCACCACAGCACCUCCCGAGAAGCUUCCCAGCGGUGGAGUAGGCGGCGGAGUUGGCGGUGGCGGUUCCAACGUUCGAACUUCAGUUGAGAUGUCUGCCAAGGACCAGCCCGGUACAUCGAGCACUUCUCAUGGCAGUGGAAUGCUAGGUGGUUUGUUUGGCACUGGAGGAUCCAAAGCUGGUGAUGGGUCUGGAAAGGAGGCCAAGGAUACGAGAGUGGCUAGCAACUACGAUGGCACGCCAACCAAGAGAGACGCGACGAAGCACGACCAACACCAGCCAAGAGUGGACAAAUCAGGUGGUGGCGACGACAGCAAUAACAAGGGUGGCAGCAGCAGUAGCAGCAAGAAUAGCAAUGACCAGUCAGCUCGGCAGUCAUUCCAGGGCGCUUUUGGGCAGGGAGGAGGUGAUGUCGCUGAGCGCGGUGAUCAGAGCCAAGGGUUCCGUGAUCCCCGAGUUGCUAGCAAUCACACCGAGACGACGACCAAGAAGCAUGCCAACUAGGAAGAGAUUCUCAAGUAAUCAUAGCAGGAGUUUCUUAAAAAUGAGCAAGUUUUACCGAGUUGCCUCGUCGA